CGGCUCAAGCAAGCAGAGCAUUUGCAGCCUCCAAGCGGUAGGCUUCGUACGCGGAUUAACAGAGCGUCCUUUUAAGACGCACAGCAUAGAAUAAAGUAUAGAUAUCGACUAAAUGCCAGCAUGCAAUAUAUAUAUUAACGCCCAGUUAGCUCACACAGGCUAGCUAACUGUCGCGACCACGAUUCAUUCGAACGUAAUUCCGUGAGCGACCACCAUCGCCAAUCAUCAUACCCGCCGGUUGCAACGCACAGUGGCCCGCUGCUUUGGAACAGUUUUGGAAAAAGCGCAGAAGCGGCUUCGAAGAAAGUGCGACGACUCUUUCAGUACGUCGGUGUUCGUUUACUUCCCGCGCUAAGGAAUGGACGGCUACUGCUAUCACUGUAAUACCUGGACCAAGUCGGGCAUUCGAUUCCGCGAGAAGUACUGCCGAGAAGUUCCGACGCAGACUGAUCAAGCUGGUUCAAAGGUCUCGUUAUGCAGGUCUCUCGAGUCCGGCGACCUUGCUGAUGUGGAGUUCUAUGUUGAAUGCGCGCAUUUCCCAGGCCAGCGUGAAACCUUCAAGGCGCAUAAGAUGAUCCUGGCUUUGCAGAGUGACGUGUUCAAGGCCAUGUUUUAUGGCGACUUCGCCAACGAGGACCGCAUAGUCAUCACUGACUUGCACCCAGAGGGCGUCCGUGGCCUCUUGCGGUACUUCUACAGCGGCCACCUGGAUGUGGCAAACGUGCACCAGGCCGCCUGCACCCGCACCGCUGCUUCCAAGUACCUCGUCCCGGAGCUGGCGGAGAAAUGCACCGAAUUCGUGCGCCGCUGCAUGCGGCUCGACGAUGUAUGUCCUCUCCUGGACUACGUUCUGACCAUGGGCGAAAAUGAUCUACACGCUCCCGCCGGUGACCUCAUCCUCAAGCAGAGUGCCGACGUGCUCUCCUCUUCAAAGUUCAAGUCCUCCACCGAGGCCACCGUGAAGUACGUGCUCGAACACGUUGCCAAUGUCUCGGAGGUAUCGGUGCUAAACGCCGUCUACGCCUGGACAUACCAGCAGUGCUACAAACGAUCCUCGGGUAACGGUAUCCCGGUUAAUGCCUUUCGGUCCGUCAUGAUGCCACUGUUCCCCCAACUGCGGUUUCUCGUGCUUACGGCGACAGAGUUCGUAGAAGGUCCCAACACGUGGGGAAUCCUUACCGACGCAGAAGCACGGGCCAUUCUUAGCAAUAUCGUCAAAGAUCGCUCGAUGCCUAUGUCAAAGGGAUUCUGCGAGAUCCGUGCGCCCCGCGUGGUGAAAAUGAAAUCAAGUCAAAAGAACACAAGUCAAAUCAGAGCAGUUUUAUUUUCUUCAUAAAGAAAUGGAGGGACGCCUGAACAAAAAGUGAAAACUAGUUCACUUGACGAAGGUUCAGGCCCCCGUUUACAUGAGACAGCCGUGGUGACCAGAGAAAAAAAUGCACUUAGUAAUAAAAUUCAUUCGUAAUCUAGCGGGGCAGCGCAAAAACUAGCGAUAGCAGCGCAGAACCUCUUCUCUGUCCUCGUUUUGUGCGCACAACCCUGCAUUCGUGACCUACCAACAUGCCCGAAACAGUCGCCUUACUUCAAUAUUCAGCAAGAAUGCUUUGGCGACUUUCGAUACCCGUAUUCCGGUAGACAGGGCAUUCGCACAUAAAUUUACAUAUUCCGAGCGGUUUCAUUUGACCGCCUCUACAACAGUGUCAGUGCGUCUCUUGUUUCCGUCUACCUCUCUCUCCACUUUUUUUCUCUUUUUUUUGUACUGUGAUGCGUAUAUAUGCGUGAUGUGUGGUGUGCGACAUGGUGCGGUGAUCGGGACGGUCAGGAGCAGACAAGGAGUGCGCGCGCCGAGGGAAAUUCCGUGCUGGAGACAACGCCGAAGAGCGCCCGGCACGUGAACGCGCGGCGCAAGGAAAACAACUAAAAG